AUGGCACUCGUCGAAAGCCUCCGCGUCGUCCGACGGCCACGUGUAACCACGCCACGCUCGACAUCACCGGUGGGCAUCGCGCACACUUACCCGGACGCAAAGCCUGCGCCGGCGCCCCCGGACCACGCGGCAUCAAUCUGCGGAGCACGAGGCAGCUUUUUACGGACAGCGCGGCGCCGACCUACGGAGCACGUGUCGGCGAGCGCCACGUGCCCGCGUCCGCCACGUGCCUACGACGGCGCGCAGACUCCGCAGCGACCGCGGAAGCCACCCGGCGCGCCCCGCCCCCGGCGCUCCACGGCGCCCCCUCCGCGCCGGCGCCGCCUUCGUGCCACGCCACGCCCACUGCGCGCGCACGUGCUCAAGCGCGCAACUCCAUUCUGCGCGCCCCCAUCGGCGUCGCCCCGGCAUCGCGGCCCCCAUCGGCGUCGCCCCGGCAUCGCGGCCCCCAUCGGCGUCGCCCCGGCAGCGCGGCCCCCACGUGCUUCGUGCUCGGACGCGAUUUCGUCGUCCGCGCCACGCCCACUGCACGCGCAACGUGCUCACGCGCGCACCAACAUUCUGCGCGCCCGCAUCGGCGCCGCACCAGCGACGAGGCGAAAAUUAUCCUUUUUUUCGGUUUAA